AUGUCUUCCCUGCCGUUAGUCAGGUACGCUCGUCUCGAAGAUGUUUCCCUCAUUUUGCGAUUUAUUCGAGAAGCAGCAGAAGAACAAGCCCCUGGGGCUAAAGUAGCCGCAACUGAGGACAGUCUCUCAAAGACACUGCACUUCGGGCCGCCCUCAGAAUCAAGGGCAGAGACAGGCACUCGGUUUGCAUGGGCGCUACUCAUCUAUUCCCCCGACGAGCAGCCUGCUGGGCUGUUGAUUUAUUAUCAUAAUUACUCGACAUGGAUGGCUGCGCCGGGUGUCUGUUUGGAGGAAUUGUAUGUUGUACCGGAAUAUCGGCGUCUGGGCUAUGCGCAAAUCCUGAUUGAGACCAUGGCGUCUGCAGCGGAAGCAGCAGGUUGUAUCAAAAUGGACUGGGUCUGCCUUUUGGAUAAUAAGAGAGCACUAAGGUUCUAUGAAAAAUUGGAGGCAAAACGAAUGGAGGAUUGGGUCGUCUUAAAGGUUGAUAAAGCCAGCACGGAAAAGCUGGCCGCUAGAGGGAAGCAGUCCGAGUAA